AUGUCCACUUCUAAAUCUACGGUAUUCGUCUCUGGUGCCUCCGGCUUCAUUGCUCAACAUAUAAUAUCCCUAUUACUCGAGCAAAACUAUAAAGUUAUUGGUUCCGUGAGAUCUAACGAAAAAGCAGAACAUGUACUUUCCAAUUUUAAUCACAACCCAAACUUAACUCUUGAGAUCGUUAAGGAUCUUGCAAGUUUGACUGCCUUUGAUGAAGUCUUUAAGAAACAUGGUGAUGAGAUCAAGAUUGUCUUGCAUGCUGCCUCCCCAGUUGUGUUCCAAGUCGACAACUUUGAAAAGGACAUUUUGAUUCCGGCUGUUAACGGUGUCAAAUCGAUGUUAAACGCUAUAUUAAAGUAUGCUCCUCAAACUGUGGAAAGACUAAUCUAUACUUCAUCCAUUGUGGCCCAAUUCAAUCCAUGUGGGGAAAAUGAGAAAGGUAUGAAGCUUGAUGAAACCACGUGGAAUGAUGCCACUUGGGAAAAUUGCCAAACUAAUGCAAUUAACGCUUAUUCUGCCUCUAAGACAUUCGCUGAAAAGGCAGCUUGGGAGUUCAUGAAGAAGCAUGGUAACGAAGUGAAAUUUAAACUGACUACCAUUCUACCAAGUUAUGUAUUGGGCCCACAACUAAAGAUUGAUUUAUCGAAUGGGAAAUUGAAUCUUUCUUCCGAACUUAUUAACUCAAUUGUACAUGCUAGAGAGGAGAGCCAACUACCAACUCUCAGCUCACGCUUGGGUUACUUUAUUGAUGUUCGUGAUGUUGCUAAGGCCGAGUUGUUGGCAUUCCAAAAAGAUGAAUGCAUUGGCAAGAGGUUGUCUUUGACAUCUGGUACAUUUUCAAUUCAACGUAUUCUGAACGUUAUUCACAAAGAUUUCCCUGAGUUGAAUGGAAAGGUACCAGUAGGAGCCCCAGAUCUCGUAGAAGAAUCAGCAGAUGAUAUAUUUGAUUUUAGUAACGAAGAAACGAAGAAGGCACUAGGGUUUGAGUUUAUUGACUUUAAAACAUCUGUUGAUGAUUCAACUAGACAAAUUCUAGAUGCUGAAAGAAAGAAUUGA